GCGCGGGGUCCGCGCGCGCCGGCCAUGCCGCGCUCCCGCCGCGCCGCGCGCCGCGGCACCGGCAGCGCCCGGGCGAGCUCGCCCGGCAGCGAGGAGGAGGCCGGCAGCGAGGUGCUGAGCCACUGCAGCAGUGCCAGCGAGAGCGCCAGCCCCGCUGACGAGGGGCCAGGGAGCGAGGCGGCGAGUGAGCCGGGCCAGGAGGAGGAGGUGGAGGACAGGCUGAGAGAGCACAUGGACACCCUCCUGGACAAGAGCGCCAAGGCGCGGCAGGCGGCACUGCAGGGCCUGCGCCUGGCCCUGUCCUCCAAAACGCUGCCCGAGUUCCUGCUGGAGCGCCGCCUCACGCUCACCGACUCCCUGGAGAAGUGCCUCAGGAAAGGUCAGGGGCAGGCGGGCGGGGGGCGGCGCGGCCGCGGAGCGGCUCUGAGGGAGUCUCUCGUGCUGCCCACAGGCAAAGGGGAAGAACAGGCGCUGGCGGGCACCGUGCUCACCCUCCUCUGCCUCCAGAUGGGCUCUGGCCCGGAGGGGGAAGAGGUGUUCCGCAGCCUGAAGCCCCUGCUCGUCAGCGUCCUGACAGACAGCACGGCCAGCGCCAGCGCCCGGCAGAGCUGUGCCACAGCCCUGGGCAUGUGCUGCUACAUUGCUGCUGCUGACCUCGAGGACCUGGUUUCAUGUCUGUCCUGCUUGGAGGGCAUCUUCAGCGCCCCCAGCACAGGCGAAGGGGGCUCAGCACCUGCCCAGCACGGGCCUCUGCACUGCAGCGCGCUUCAGUCAUGGUCCCUGCUCCUCACCAUCUGCCCCCCCUCCCACCUCAGGAGCAUUUUGGACAAUCGCUGGCUGCAGCUGCCCCCACUGCUGACCAGCAGCAGCGUUGCCCUGCGCAUCCUGGCCGGGGAAACCAUUGCACUGCUCUUUGAGCUGGCCCAGGACCUGGAGGAGGACUUGUACCACCAAGAUACAGAGUUCCUGUGUGCCCAGCUCAAGGUCCUGGCUACUGAGAGCAACAAGUACCGAGCCAAGACAGACCGACGGAGGCAGCGAUCCAUCUUCCGGGACAUCCUGCGUUUCAUUGAGAGUGGGGAGUACCAGGAGGAGACGAUCCGAUUUGGCCUGGAGUGCAUGUACCUGGACAGCUGGGCACGCCAGCGCACCUACCAAGCCUUUAAGGAGGUGCUGGGCUCCGGCAUCCACCACCACCUCCAGAACAAUGAGCUGCUACGGGAGAUCUUCGGCCUCGGGCCCCCCUUGGUGCUGGAUGCGGCUGCCCUGAAAGCCAGCAAGGUCUCCCGCUUCGAGAAGCACCUCUACAACUCAGCUGCCUUCAAAGCGCGCACGAAAGCGCGGAGCCGCGUGCGGGACAAGCGGGCGGAUGUGCUGUGAUGGGCAGAGGGGGCAGAGCCCCCAGCCCACCUGGACUGCAGACCCAGCACUGUGAGGGGCACGUGCCCCCAGCCCUCGGGCUUUUAUUCAUGUACAGCAGAGUAUUUAAUACCUGGAGCUGCCCCAAGGGGGGGCUGCCCCCUCUUUUUAUUUUUUUAACCAAAAAAUAGGAAGCAUAAAAGAAGAGCAGGGGGAGGUGGUGGCGUGCUGCCGUGUGCCUGCUCUGUGGCUGCAGAUCCAUGUGGCACAGUGGGGAGGGGGUCUCACCCAGGCUCCUGCAGCCACUUUCAGUGGCAGGGCUCGUGUGCACCCUCCCCAGUGCUGCAGGGGCACCAGGGUGGCCUGGCACAGCCUGAAGGGUGGGUGGGAGGGCAGAGCUGUGCAGGGCUGCAGAGCAGCUGGUCCUGGUGUCUAUGGCAGGAGUGUUCUCCCCACCCUGCCAUGCUGGGUACAGCCCCUGCCUCCCCAGCCAGCCUGGCGUCAGCGAUGGUGGCAGAGCAGUGUGGAGUGGGAAGCUCUGCCCAGUCCUGCCAGCUGCCACUCUCAAUCCUUUUCCAACCAAACGCUUUAUAUGAAAUAGUAAUCUUGUGGGAAAUUAAUUACAGGGGAGGCACUGCCCAGGCAGGCAUGGGGCCAUGCCAGUUGGCAGUGCCUGCCACCCUGGGAAUGUAUCUAUCAUGGUGAUUUUCUAAGACUUUGAUUGUAAGAGGUAAUUAAAAGGCUGAAUAAAGUAUGCCUUCUGCCUUGUUAA